UGGAAGUUGGAAUUAACCGAACUGGGGAAACUAUGGGCUCUGAUUUCAGUUGCUGCUGCUGCUGCUUCCUUCCUCUCCUCCGGUAAGACAGACGCAAAGGAGAAAGAAUAAACAAAACAAGGUUCCAUUUUUUCUGCUCGCACUCUCUCCUACUUCUUUGCUUUCUGUGCUGCGAUAUUCUCAGAUGGGUCAACAAACAGCUGAUUCUAAAGUUGGAGAUUAUGGGGCAAAUACUGAAAGUAGUGUGCCCAAUUCUGACAAACAACCAUCAGAUCUUGUAGCUGCUAAAAGCAUUCCACAGUGUGAAAAUUUAGCCCCUAAAUCUAUUAUAAGUACAGCAUCUCAAAAGAAUAAUGGCCCCGCCGGUGAAGCUUCUAAAAUUUGUGGUUCUAAAAGAUCCAACCCAGAUUGCCCUGUAAACUCUCUUCAAAGCCAAUGCCCUACAAGCAAUUCUGGAAAUGGGCAUCUUGUAUAUGUCAGGAGAAGACCCGAUGCUGAAUUAGGUAAAAGUACAACUUCCGAGGAUCAACAUUGUGUUUCUGAUCGCCUUGGAGGAAGAAGAAGACCCCCCGAUGCUGAAUUAGAUAAAAGUACAACUUCUGAGGAUCAACGUGAGCAGAAAAGAUUUGGCGAACAGGAUGAAAAAGUCCAACAAGAAGUUCAGAUUAAGGAAUCUAGCAAUUGUUUACCCAAAGUUUUAGAAAUUCCAAAGGCUUCCUUGGUAUGCUACUUGCCUAUGAAACCUUCAGCGGGUUCUUCUACCGAGAAGUGCAAGAACAAUUAUCCAUUAUCUAAUUUAAGUAAUCUCCAUACCACUUCUACGAAUCAUCUGUUGGAUACUCCAAAGAGAGCAAAACUUAAAGAGUGGGAAGAGCGAUAUUGCCGAUUGCAGAAUUUGUUGAAUAGUUUGGAGCAAUCAAAGCAAGAGGAUUACAUCCAGAUGCUUAGAUCACUCUCUUCAGUUGAGCUUAGUAAACAUGCUGUUGAACUGGAGAAGAGGUCAAUACAGCUUGCCUUGGAGGAAGCAAAAGAAAUGCGAUGGGUCAAAGUGUUGGAUGUACUGGGGAAGGAUUGGAAUUCCAGAGCAUGCUAGCAAGGGUGAGGGUGGAGUUGAAGAGGCAGGCAGAUGAGAGAAGAUGUAGGAAAUAUAUAAUAUAAUAUACAUAGCAAGUGUAUUGAAGCAAAGUUUGUAUAGUGUAGUAUUAUUCAUUGCUUUGAAGUCAAACUAACAGUGAAAAGUAAAUAAUAAUGUUGUGAAGAUGAGAAUUGCGCUGUAGCUUUAUGUGGCUUGCUGCAAAGCUGAUUGAUUAAUUUGUUUAACUUCAAUUCCAGGAACACUUCACUCCAAUUUGUAACAUAUACUAUACUAUACCGUUGUAACAUACAUGAUAUGGUGUAGUGAAGUGAAUUGUAGGCGUUGGCCAUUUUAAUU